GCCUCUAACCCGUGACGGUCAUGAGGGGUUUCUGCCCCGCUUUCCGGCACAUCGAGGCAAGAUAUUUGAGGAGGGAAAUCACACAGCGCUCCGAGGACCCAGUCUUUCUGAGAAGGCAUUCCAACCAGAGGAACUGUUCUCUGCAGUCUAAUUAUCCAAUUUGCUGGAUGCUGUGUAAUCCUACAGACGGAAUGCCUCGUGGAGACUUCAACAUUUAUUUUGCCAGCAGCAGACGAGGAUACGUCAGAGCUGAGGAGGCAGUGGGCAUAGUUCUGCUGGUGGUUAUUCUGGCAGCUCUCCUCCUCCUGGGCUGCUGGUACUUCAAGAAGAGAAGUGGCUACAAAAUAAUCAGGAACCCUAGAUCGGGGUCACCAGGUAACACACAAGGCCAGUAUUCAGAGGCAGGAUCUUCAGCAGAUAACAAGAUGGCUCUAACUGACUUCGGCAGCUUCCGACCUGUGGUUCCUAAUGCUCCUCCAGCCUAUGAAAAGGUUUCCUCAGGGCAGCUGCCUCCUCCCUAUUCCCCCUAAAGGACUUCUUUAGAAGAUGGACGGAUGUCUGAAGAAGAAAGGAAAAUACUGGAGAACAAACUCUAAACUUCAUCUUUUGUCUGAUGAUAUGUAAUCUGCUGUCACAGUCAAUAUGGUUCCUUAUGCUUCUUAACUAAAUAUACCAAAAGGUAAAACAAUUGUAUCCCUCACUUUGUAAAUUUUUUCACAUGAACAAACACAAUGUACAUACUGUAGGUUGUUUCAAUAAACACAAGAGUCUGUGUGUAAGGAAGCAGCUCAAACACA